AAGACCCAUCAAAUGGAUUAGAAUCAAAAUGGGCUCUCAAGCAGUAAUAUCAUCUUCUUAUUUCUCUUGCUUGAGCUUUGUGGCUCUAAAUUCAUUUCAAGCACGAUUGCCCAUAAAGCUUUCUGUACUUCCUCUUCAUGCUAAUGCCAAACCCACCAGUCAUCAUCUCCUUAAAUUCCAAAGAUUGAAAACCAGAGCUACCCUUGAUGAGAAAGAGCAAAAUGCCCCUAACCCACUUCUUAUCCAAGAACAAGAAGAAGAAGAAAAAAUGCAGGCUAGAAGCAACUUAGAGGUAGAGAAGAGUGUGAAAGUGCUAAAGAAUGCUGCAAAGACAAGAAAGGUUGCAAAAGAUGAGGUUUUGUCAGCUAUGUCAGUGAUUGAGAAGGCUAAAAUUGAUCCUUCUGGGUUUCUUGAUACACUUGGUGGAUCCGAAUCCCCUGGAAGAACUUGGAUGCUUGUUUUCACUGCUGAGAAGCAAUUAAAGGGUGGAAGAUACUUUCCUCUCACUGCUGUUCAGAGAUUUGAUGCUGCUGGAAAAAGAAUUGAAAAUGGAGUAUAUCUUGGGCCAAUUGGAUGCUUAACAUUUGAAGGCAGAUUUACAUGGAAGAAGAGGAUACUAGCCUUCAUUUUCGAGCGCAUUCGAAUCAAAAUUGGACCUCUGAACCCCUUGGAGAUAAGUCUUGGCCAGAAAGAAGAUAGAGAACCAAACACAAAGGAUCCUUUCUUUAUCUGGUUUUACAUUGAUGAAGAAAUCGCAGUUGCUCGAGGCCGGAGCGGGGGAACUGCAUUUUGGUGUCGAUGUCAUAGAGUGACUACUUGAUUCAACUAUAACUUCUCAGUUAUGCACUUCUAUUUUAUAUUCCUUGUCAGUAUUAGAAUGGUAAUAUUGCUAAGUGUGCAAGUGUAAUUAAUAUAUUUCCUUGAAGUAAUGCUAAUUUUACUAAAAAUGAUAUACUACAAAGAAUUGUUGCUAUUUUUAUGAACUGUAUAUAUUAAUGGAUGUCAGGUGGCUAUGCCUCCAAAUUCUGAGAAA